AUGCCGAAAAAGACGAAGGGAAAUGGCGAAAAACAAGAGCAGAGUAAAAAGAGAGGCCCAGAUUCUGCUGCUAAAGUUACGUUCGACGAAAAAGAGAAGAUAGUUUACUUGGCGCAGAUACAAGUCCUGACCCUGUUUCCACCGGUUGACUCUAUACUCUACUCUAUACUCGACUCUACACUCGACUCUACACUCGACUCUACACUCGACUCUAUACUCGACUCUACACUCGACUCUAUACUCGACUCUACACUCGACUCUAUACUCGACUCUACACUCGACUCUAUACUCGACUCUAUACUCGACUCUAUACUCGACUCUACACUCGACUCUAUACUCGACUCUACACUCGACUCUAUACUCGACUCUAUACUCGACUCUACACUCGACUCUAUACUCGACUCUACACUCGACUCUAUACUCGACUCUACACUCGACUCUAUACUCGACUCUAUACUCGACUCUACACUCGACUCUACACUCGACUCUACACUCGACUCUAUACUCGACUCUAUACUCGACUCUACACUCGACUCUAUACUCGACUCUACACUCGACUCUAUACUCGACUCUAUACUCGACUCUACACUCGACUCUACACUCGACUCUACACUCGACUCGGCUCAGCUCUGCUCUGCUAGAUUUGAGAAGCGAUGCUGCGACCUGGAGGCGCAGAAGAAGCAGCUGACCCAGAAGCUCGGCGCGGCGGAGCAGGAGAAGGCCGACAUGGUGGACUUCCUGACGAGGUCUCUGCUGGAGAAGGAGGAGGAGGCGGAGAGGCUGAGCGAGGAGCUGCAGAGGGUUCAGCAGGAGGCUCUGAGAGACGGAGACGACCGGCAGCAGCAGCACAGAGAACACGCAGAGCAGAUACAACACAGAGCAGACGCCGCGGAGGAGCAGAACAAAGCACUCGUGGAGAAGUUGAGCCGCGUGGAGCAGUUCUUGAAUGAAAGAGAGACGCUGAUGUCCGACUUGAGCGCUCUGAGGAACCGGCUCUCUCGUCAGGAAGAGGAGCAUCGAGUGGCCCUUCACGACCGAGACAUGCAGGCCCUGGUGGACAAGAGCACAUGGGAGAAGAAACUGAAGAGCCACACAGUCAGGAUGGAGGCAGAGGUGGAGCGUUUAGUGUCCCAGAGGCUCCCAGAGGCCACCAGCCGGACCCUGCAGCAGAACCAGGAGCUGAGGGGCCGCUUCAGCCAGCUCUCCCAGCACACGCAGGGGCUGGUGGAGGCCAACGCGGUCCUGAACCAGACCAAGACCCGGCUCCAGUUGGAUGUGGAAAACCUAGAGGAGAUGUUAAGAGAGGUGUCCCGCAAAAACUGCCUCCAGAAAAGAACGGUGGAGCAGCUGAAUGUGAAGUGUUCCGAGCUGCAGACAGAGCUUCAGGGCUGUAGGGGGCGCCACGACCAGCUGCACAGUCUGCAUUCACACAGCAUGGAGCAGAUGGAGACGCUCCGGCAGGACAAGGCCUCAGUUUUCACGCAGUGUAAUGAAAAGCAGGAUGACAUCUGUCGUCUGGAGGCGGAGCUACAGCAGGAGACGAGGAAGAGGAGCGAGAUGAAGAGCGUCAUUCAGAAAGGAUGCAUUAUACUUCAGGAGGUUUUGAUGGAAGUCUGCGUGGAAGAACCAGAAGUGCGUUUCCGUUGGAAGCCGCUGAUGGAAGAGCUGCUACAGAUCCUCAGAGCUGCUCUAUAG